CCAGAAUGACGACAGAGAAGGACAUGCGUGACAUGCGUGCCCUCUUUGAGUGGGACAAGACAAGGGGAACCGACACCAUGUCCGUAUCCAGUGCCAAGUAUGUGCGUAUGUGUAUGGAAGGCAGCACAGCAGAAACCAUCCACCCACUCAUCGUUGUUGUCUGUCUGUCUGUCUGUCUGUCUGUGUGGAUGUCUCCAGCAUGUGUGCACGGCUGUUGGGCUUCGAUGUCACCUUUGACCAUGAGGCCGGGUUCGAAACCUUUGUGGCCAAACUACGCAGACACGCACGACGAAGAGACCGCCUUUCCCUCUCCAAGCGGUUGUUCAACCUGCUCAAAGGGCCGUCCGCUGACAAGGAUGGCUUCACUGCAGGUGACCAGCCAGACACACACACAGAUGCUGCGACAUGUAUGUGUACGGUGUGUCGUCCGUGUCUCCGGAUGCUCAGAGGAUCUGUAUGAGGUGCUGCGAAACGAGCUCAAUCAGCCGAUAGAGCGAUGGGAGGCGGACGACCUCUUUGACUACCUGCACUCACUCUCGCCUGACUUGGAAAGGGCCCCGUCAGCCUCUUCCAGCUCGUCGCAGCAACCUCCUAUUGAUGUCACGGUCAAGUUCACCGAGUUUUUCGCGUUUCUGCAGCAGGAGCCCCUGACUGUGGAAAAGGCUACUGGACAGGUUUCUAGCGUGCCCCACGUGUGAUUGUGCGUUGUGUGGAUGAGCCAAAAGCUCGCUUCCAGCGGUCGGCUGUCUCUCCAGGCUCAGUCCAUCCAUCCCCACAUGGACGUACGCCUCAUAUCGUGUCUGUCUCUGUCUUUCCGUCCCUUCUCGCUUAUGUAUGUAGAAGGCAGACAGACAGCAUCCUGCAUGUCUGGUCGGUCGGGGGGUGGGAAAACGCAAAAACGUCAUGAUCGGGUGGAAUCGCAUCAGUGAAGCCCGCCCCGGGCUGUGGAAAGAUCGG